AUGCCUGACGUGUCGAGCCCAGGCGACGCCAUGUUCAGCUUGUCCAACUAUCCAGACCUCCCGGCCAACUACCAGUUGCGCCAGCUCUUGGGAGAGGGCGCUUUCUCCCUGGUUUACAAAGGUGUCAAGGUCGACCUGAAGGAGCAGGUGGCCAUCAAAAUCAUCAACAAGACAAACCUCCUGCUGAAGCAGUUGAACAACAUCCAGAACGAAAUCAACAUCAUGAACAACCUCACAAACGCUGGCGGCCACGUCAACAUUCUCCGUUUGAUCGAGCUGUUUGAGCUGGAGGAAAACUGCUUCCUUGUGUUGGAAUACUCCGACGGCGGAGAAAUUUUUAACAAGAUUAUCGAAUACACUUACUUUUCCGAGAACUUGGCCAAGCACGUUUUCUCCCAGUUGCUCAACGCCAUCCGUUUUUUGCACCAGAACAAUGUGGUGCACAGGGAUAUCAAGCCAGAGAACCUCCUCUUCAACAGAAUCCCUUACGUGCAGCGUUCUGACAAAGACAUAAAAAAGGCCCUCCGUGCCUCGGACGACGAGUCCAAAAAGGACGAGGGCGAGUUCAAACCCGGUGUCGGCGGCGGCGGUAUCGGAACCAUCAAGUUGGCUGACUUUGGUCUAGCGAAGCAGUUGAGGUAUGACAUUGCCGCUCCCGGCAAGAAGCAAAGCAACCUCAAAACUCCAUGUGGCACCGCCGGCUACACGGCGCCCGAAGUGAUCCACUGCGGCGUCGAAAGAAAAAGAAGAUUCAAGAGCUCUACUUCAAAGAGCAACUUCUACUCCAAGGCCGUGGACAUCUGGUCUCUCGGCUGCUUCCUUUACACUGUCCUCUGUGGCUUCCCUCCUUUCUACGACGACAACCACGACGUUCUCACCCACAAGAUCAUCACCGCCGACUAUGUGUUUUUGGAGCCAUGGUGGGAUGAGGUGAGUGAAAGUGCCAAGGACUUGAUCUCGAAAAUGCUUGUGGUGGACCCAGAGGUCCGUAUCACCCUUGACGAGAUUUACGAGCACCCUUGGCUUGCGGACGUUGUGUCGCUUGAAUCGUCGAGUUACUUCCCUGAGUCGACAAAUGAGAACGACGACACAUUGACGGUGGACAACAUGAAGACUGACUCGCAUUCUCCCGGCCACAAGUCGCCUGGUGGCAUACUUACUCCAGGCGCAGCCAUCAGAUCAGUGUUCAACAACCCAGCCAUGUCUCACGUCAACUUGAAGCUGUUGGCUCAUCAUCAGCGCCACUUGGAGCCCAAGGAUGGUGUUGACCCAAGAGACGUUAAGUUCGACGCUGAUUCCAACAAGGGCGCUCACCGCAAGACGAGUUUGCCCAAGACACCAAACCCUAUCGAGAGUGUCAACUUCAAGGAUGUUUUCGAGAAGGGCGGUGACUCGGACUCGGAGGAGUUGUCCCUGGAUGUUGUUGAUUUUGACUCGGAGGAAGAGGAAGACGAAGACGAAGUGCAGGAUGAAGAGCAAGACGACGAAGCCGGCGAAGGCCAGGAGGGUGUGGGCGAGCUCAAGGACAAGCUUCUGACGCUCAAACUACUCUCGAUUCUGUCCACAUCGUCAACAGACUCGUCUAAGCUUCUGCACAACGACGACGACUGUGCCACGCGGUCGUCGCUGGUUAUAAGUGGUGUGAACGGCGACUACAAGUUCACGUUGAACUUGAACGAUCUGAAUUUGCUUAGAAGACGGUCCUCUGUCAAGAGCGGACAGGCGUAG